GGCCUCCGCAUCACAGCAACACCUAUGGGAGGUUUCCCCACACCCCAACUCGGCCAAUCCACCUGGCGAAACGUGUCCCAGGUGCUGAAAGAGAAAUGGCCCCAAAAGGAAGGGGCUAAGGCGUGGGUACGCACGUACAGAGCUAAGUACGAGACCAAUGCGCAAGGAACGCUGGCAAAGCUCAAAGAAGCCAUCACGAAGAUCAUAGGGGACUCGGAUGCAGAGAACCUAGUUGUCAGCACGCCCACUGCGGCAGCAGAGUUGGUCGAACACUUACCCCCCCCAUGGCACUUCUUGAUCUCAGGCGUCCCGCCUGAGGCAAUCAAACGACUAGUUCGACAACAAGUGUGCUCGUCACCGGAAAUAUCAUGUUUUUUCAUUCCUUUUGAACAACCACUCCCUACGUAUGCCCUGACCCUGGAAAACUUCUCGUUUCCCGACUCUGACACCACCAACCGAACGAUCGCAGAGAUCGUUAAGGAAACCAUCCGCUCCAACCCAGACGUACUCCAAUUCAUCCAUGAUAACAUUCCCAUCCCCGAUGCCGAGGCUGCAAUCCGCACAAUCAAAUCUGUGCGCGUCUCCAGCCUUAACAUAGCUCACUCUAAAUCAAACAAGGAGACCGUAUGGAAUGUCUACUUCGACUCCCCCCCCAACUUCUCACUGAAACAGUACUUCGACUGGACGAGCCUUCUCCGAGACUUCUUCUAUAUAUCAGAAGAUUACGGAUACGGUACAGCCCGCCAAGACGCCCAAUUUACGUGCGUCGGCUGCAAGUCAUUCGACCACCCCACUGGGUUGUGCCCAUUCCCGAAAAUUCCGGGAUGGUUCGGGCCCUCCACUGCUGAAGAAACUAACGCUACCCUUGACAACCGCACCAUGUCCCACCAUGGCCGAGGAAUGCAGAACAACGGCCGGGGAGGCAGAGGUAUGACUAGAGGCCACUCCCGAGGCGCCACACGAGGAAAGGGU